AUGCAGUCCGGCUUUCUUUCUAUUUUGUACAGUAUUGGCAACAAGCCAUUUCAAUUAUGGCACACGGAAACCGAUUCAAAGUAUGAAGAGAGUCACGUCACCCGUCUAACAGAUGAAGAUAUUCACUCACUUGUGAUAGAAAUACUAUCACCGAACGUGUCUACCACGUAUAUAACGUGUCCUGCUCAACUAAACCGUACACUCGGGAUAAAGCUGCCCAUCCUUGUGCUUAUUGUAAAGAAUCUGAAAAAGUAUUUCACAUUUGAAGUGCAAAUAAUGGAUGAUAAAAAUGUGAAAAGAAGAUUUCGGGCGUCAAAUUUUCAGGCUAUCACACGAGUCAAGCCAUACAUUUGUACAAUGCCUAUGCGACUUGAUGAUGGUUGGAAUCAGAUUCAAUUCAAUCUUGCAGAUUUUACGCGACGCGCUUAUAGCACGAAUUACGUGGAAACAUUGCGCGUGCAAAUACAUGCAAAUUGCAGAUUGAGAAGAAUUUAUUUCGCAGAUAGGGUCUAUGCUGAAGAGGAAUUACCUCCGGAGAUGAAGUUGUGGUUACCCGUUGACAGGCAAGAUAGACAAGAAUGA